AUGACUGGAAGAACUCCGGAGGCUUCUGUUGGCCCUGAUGACCUGGAGUUAUCGUCGACCACUAGUGUCACCGACUCUAUUCUCCAAUACCGCAAAGAAAAUGGGAGGACAUACCAUGCUUAUAAGGAUGGAAAGUACACUUUGCCGAACGAUGAGAUGGAGAAUGAGAGACUAGAUCUCCAACAUAAUCUGCUUAUCCUUACGCUUAACGACAAGCUCGGAUUAGCACCACCAAAUAGCCCCGACGCGAAAGUUAAACAUGUCUUGGAUGUCGGCACUGGUACUGGAAUCUGGGCUCUUGACUUUGCGGAUGAGCAUCCAGAGGCCAAAGUCAUUGGCGUUGACCUAUCUCCGAUUCAACCAAGCUUUGUUCCUCCAAACUUGACCUUCCAAAUCGACGACAUUGAAGACGACUGGACUUACUCGACGCCCUUCGAUUAUAUCCAUAGCAGCUUCAUGACGGCCAGCAUCGCAAACUGGACCGAAUUCCUGAGAAAGUGUUUCAACCAUCUCGAACCUGGGGGCUAUGUUGAGAUCCAAGAGCCAGACCUAGCGUGGAAGUCUGACGACGGGACGCUGCUUCCCAACAACGCGCUACUCCAAUGCGCCCAGCUCCUUCAGGGGGCAUCGGAGAAGUUUGGCCGUGCCUACCAGGACAUACCAUCGCUUGUCAAUAUUAUGACUGAAAUAGGGUUCGUGGAUGUUGUCAUCGAGGCGUUUAGGUGGCCGAAUAACCCCUGGCCGAAAGACAAGAGGCUGAAAGAGCUGGGAGCGUGGGUUUACACUAACUUUUCAGGUGGCUUAGAGGGCAUCACGAUGGCGCCGCUCACCCGAGCGUAUGGCUGGACACCUCAAGCUGUUGAAGUUUUUCUGGUGGAUGUGAGGAAGGUUUUGGGUGACAGAAACACUCAUGCCUAUAUGCCGAUUUACUCGAUUUAUGGCAAGAGACCAGAAGCUAAGCGCACAGCAUAA